UAACCCUAGCUUCAUGUCCACAUCCCAGUUCAACCCUAACCCUAGCUUCAUGUCCACAUCCCAGUUCAACUCUAACCCUAGCUUCAUGUCCACAUCCCAGUUCAACUCUAACCCUAGCUUCAUGUCCACAUCCCAGUUCAACCCUAACCCUAGCUUCAUGUCCACAUCCCAGUUCAACCCUAACCCUAGCUUCAUGUCCACAUCCCAGUUCAACCCUAACCCUAGCUUCAUGUCCACCUCCCAGUUCAUCCCUAACCCUAGCUUCAUGUCCACAUUCCAGUUCAACCCUAACCCUCAACCACAACCCUAACCCUAGCCUCAUGUCCACAUCCCAGUUCAACCUUAACCUCAUCCCUAACCCUAGCUUCAUGUCCACAUUCCAGUUCAACCCUAACCCUAGCCUCAUGUCCACAUCCCAGUUCAACCUUAACCUCAUCCCUAACCCUAGCUUCAUGCCCACAUCCUGGUUCAACCCUAGCCUCAACCACAAACCUAACCCUAGCCUCAUGUCCACAUCCCGGUUAAACCCUCAACCACAACCCUAACCCUAACUCUAGCUUCUUGUCCACAUCCCAGUUCAACCCUCAACCUCAACCCUAACCUAGCUUCAUGAUAUUCACAGAGUAGCUACCCUAUAUGCUGUAUCAGUUGGUGUGAGCGGUGUGGUGUUGUGUUGUUUUCAGGGCCAUGGCCAGGCACGCAGGCCCCCGUCUCCCGGCCAUAGUGGAGUGUCUGUGCCCCUGUCUCAACAACAUCUACGAGUGUCAGAGGGUCACUAUCACAGCCUUCUUCUCUGAGGUGAGCCAAGCCCAGGACCCACUGUUGUAGGUCUGUAAGAAGGAAGCAAAUGGUAUAAUGUCCACCACUACACUGAUUAUACCUAUCCAGACCCUUCAGAUCUGCAAUCAUCUAAAGCCUGUGUCACACAAAGCAAUUUGGACGCAAUUUCUGUUGCAGAUGCAAGUUGCAAGUGACAUCUCAAGCAACUUUGCUGAUACACGAAGCAAUUCAAAUGCAAUUGAAAUUGCAUGCAGCAUCACUCCUGUCAUACAUCACAUCACGGUUUCAUAAAUGAUUUGUUUAGCCAAACGUUUGGUAAUUGUAACAUAAUCGAUAUAGACAAAAUGCUGCCUGUACAAUUUAGCUAGCUAGCCAAAAUGUUACCUAUUUGCCAACCAUGUUUUGCCAAGCUACUGUAACUAGCUAGCAAACCAAGCUAGCGAUGAACUAAGCUAACUAGCUAGGGCAGUUCAUGUUGGAAAGAGAAAGGUCUGGGUUCACUUUAAAAAUUACAUUAAUUGACUGCCAGACCAUGUACAUAAACCAUGACUAGACAUGGUGUCUAGAAUGUUUUUAUACAUUUCCCAUUUGGCAUGUCUCUUUUGUCGUGGUUUGCAGCAGCACUGACCGCUGUGUUGACAUGACAACUGGAUCAGAGUUCCAAAGGAUGAGUCAUGUAAACUUUUUUUCUGCUCACUGAUUGGACAUUGCAUACAGUUGGUUGUGUGAAAUAGGAUUGAUUUCUAUCUCAUGCGAUGCAAUGCAACUAAGUUGCAGGCGAUGUUUGGGGUGUGACACUGAGCAACCCAGAUGCAAUUCUGUAAGGUGAGCAACAUAAAUUGCAUUCCGAUUGCUUCGUGUGACAUCGGCCUCAGGGUUGGGGCCUCAGGGUUGGGACUCGGGAGUCCUCCUGUCAUCUCACUGACAUUCUGUCAGGGAGUUACAGUGAGGGGAAAAAAGUAUUUGAUCCCCUGCUGAUUUUGUACGUUUGCCCACUGACAAAGAAAUUAUCAGUCUAUAAUUUUGGUAGGUUUAUUUAAACAGUGAGAGAAAACAAUCCAGAAAAACGCAUGUCAAAAAUGUUAUAAAAUGAUUUGCAUUUUAAUUAGGGAAAUAAGUAUUUGACCCCCUCUCAAUCAGAAAGAUUUCUGGCUCCCAGGUGUCUUUUAUACAGGUAAUGAGCUGAGAUUAGGAGCACACUCUUAAAGGGAUUACCUGUAUAAAAGACACAUGUCCACAGAAGCAAUCAAUCAAUCAGAUUCCAAACUCUCCACCAUGGCCAAGACCAAAGAGCACUCCAAGGAUGUCAGGGACAAGAUUGUAGACCUACACAAGGCUGGAAUGGGCUACAAGACAAGCAGCUUGGUGAGAAGUUGACAACAGGUGGGGUGAUUAUUCGCAAAUGGAAGAAACACAAAAGCACUGUCAAUCUCCCUCAGCCUGGGGCUCCAUGCAAGAUCUCACCUCGUGGAGUUGCAAUGAUCAUGAGAACGGUGAGGAAUCAGCCCAGAACUACACGGAGGAUCUUGUCAAUGAUCUCAAGGCAGCUGGGACCAUAGUCACCAAGAAAACAAUUGGUAACACACUACGCCGUGAAGGACUGAAAUCCUGCAGCGCCCGCAAGGUCCCCCUGCUCAAGAAAGCACAUACACAUGCCCGUCUGAAGUUUGCCAAUGAACAUCUGAAUGAUUCAGAGGAGAACUGGGUGAAAGUGUUGUGGUCAGAUGAGACCAAAAUCGAGCUCUUUGGCAUCAACUCAACUCGCCGUGUAUGGAGGAGGAGGAAUGCUGCCUAUGACCCCAAGAACACCAUCCCCACCGUCAAACAUGGAGGUGUAAACAUUAUGCUUUGGGGGUGUUUUUCUGCUAAGGGGACAGGGCAACUUCACCGCAUCAAAGGGACGAUGGACAGGGCCAUGUACCGUCAAAUCUUGGGUGAGAACCUCCUUCCCUCAGCCAGGGCAUUGAAAAUGGGUCGUGGAUGGGUAUUCCAGCAUGACAAUGGCCCAAAACACACGGCCAAGGCAACAAAGGAGUGGCUCAAGAAGAAGCACAUUAAGGUCCUGGAGUAGCCUAGCCAGUCUCCAGACCUUAAUCCCAUAGAAAAUCUGUGGAGGGAGCUGAAGGUUCGAGUUGCCAAACGUCAGUCUCGAAACCUUAAUGACUUGGAGAAGAUCUGCAAAGAGGAGUGGGACAAAAUCCUUCCUAGAUGUGUGCAAACCUGGUGGCCAACUACAAGAAACGUCUGACCUCUGUGAUUGCCAAUAAGGGUUUUGCCACCAAGUACUAAGUAAUGUUUUGCAGAGGGGUCAAAUACUUAUUUCCCUCAUUAAAAUGCAAAUGAAUUUAUAACAUUUUUGAAAUGCGUUUUUCUGGAUUUCUUUGUUGUUAUUCUGUCUCACACUGUUCAAAUAAGCCUACCAUUAAAAUUAUAGACUGAUAAUUUCUUUGUCAGUGGGCAAACGUACAAAAUCAGCAGGGGAUUUAAUACUUUUUUCCCUCACUGUAGUUACCUAAUAAUAAUAAUAAUAAUAAUAAUAGUAAUAGAAAUGAUAAUAGUGGAUUUAUAUAGCCCUUUUCCAGGUUCUCAAAACUCUUUACAUUGGAUGAGGGAAACUUACUUGCUACUUUUACUAGAACAGAGCAGUGAUUCGACUGCUGAUGAGUGUUUUAUCUGGAGUGUUUUAUUUGGAGUGUUUUUCUGCUCUAUAUAUUUGAUCUGUGUUAUAUAGCAAGCCAACUCUUCCCUGCUUUUAUUCAGCAUUUAAACUUGCAAUGUGAUGUUCAUGAAUGCAGCCAUUUAACAGGAAAAAGCCCUUGUAUAUAAUGAUAUACACUGAGUAUACAAAACAUUAAGAACACCAGCUCUUUCCAUGACAUAGACUGACUUCCAUAUUACAUUUUUUUACUGGUUCCCGGCUACCUUCAGACUAGUCUUGUGAGGCUUGUGGGCGUCCUAGAGUAAAACAAACAACAUGUACGUGUUGGUGAGGGGUCAUAUUAGUGUGUAGCCCAAACUGUUCAGACGCUACAGACAGAAGUUGGCAGAUCGGAUGUACCGACUUCAGACGAGUCCUGUGACGCUUGUGGAGGGGCGUAGAGCAAAACUGAGAACAUCGUGUUUGUGAGAGUCUCAUCUUUCCAUAGAGGGGUCAUAAUAGUUUUGUGGGCCAAACCGUUCGGACGCUACAGAAGUUUUUGUGAGAAGAUCGAUUUUCGGGAUGUCUCAUGGUCUGACAAACACCGCUCUAUCUCUGCCACCUUUCACCGCAGAUGCGGAAGGGCGAUAUCAGCGGAUGUAGUGGAUUGAGACCUAGCCCAUGCAAAAAAACAUUUUGAUGGGGAUUUUUCAUUUAUGCUAAUGAGAUUUUUUGCAUGGGCUGCGUCUCAAUCCACUACAUCCGCUGAUGUCGCCCUUCCACAUCUGCGGUGAAAGGUGGCAGAACUAGAGCGGUGUUUAGGUUGAUGAACCACUGGCUUCACACUGUUCUGUGUCUGUGUAACGGUAGUUGCUGAACCACCACGUGGUGACAGAGCUGAUGAUGAUGGAUGUCCUGAUGAACAACAUGAUGGAGCGUAUCUCUGACCCCUGCUGUACCGUCCGCAUGCUGGCCGUCAGGGGGCUGGGGAACAUCGCCGUGGGAUCACCUGAGAAGGUACAUGAUGGAGGGAGGGGAGGGGGCGUGCUGUUUGUCAGUGGGCUGGGGAACAUUGCAGUGAGAUCACCUGAGAAGGUACAUGAUGGAGGGAGGGGAGGGGGCGUGCUGUUUGUCAGUGGGCUGGGGAACAUUGCUGUGAGAUCACCUGAGAAGGUACAUGAUGGAGGGAGGGGAGGGGGCGUGCUGUUUGUCAGUGGGCUGGGGAACAUUGCUGUGAGAUCACCUGAGAAGGUAUGACUGAAUAAUCUUACCUCAAUGUGGCAAUAUUACGCUGGCAAAAAGUUUCAAGAGAUACUAUAGGGAUAUACUCUAUGCACAUAGGGGGGUGGAGAGAAAGAGAGUGUCACUAACCUCUGUCCGUGUACCUAGUGACCAAGUAUGUAAUCUCUAAGUAUGUAAUCUUAUUUUUAUUUUUUUUACCUUUAUUUAUUCAGGUAGUCUCAUUGCGAUAAAAUCUGUUUUUCAAGAGAUACCAGAGGGAUAUACUACAGAGCAGGAUCAAUGAGUUAGCUAGAUAACAACCCAAAAUAACUAUUGAUUUUCUGGUUUAUUAAGAAAUCUAAACAGUUUUUGGUUGUUGUCUUAAAAAAAAGUUUUUCCAGAAUAUGUAGGCAAGUUAUCUGGCUAAUUCAUUGAUCCUACUUUGUACUAUACCACUCUGGUCCAACCAAGAUGGCAGCAGAGCGGAGCAAUGUUUCAGACAAAUAUGGAUCUCUGUAAUCACAACCUAUACAAAAUCUCAAUUUUUCUAGGUAAAUAAGUAUGCCAAGGAGCUGCUGGCUGCUAUGAGCUCUGGGAUGGAGGAGAAGGACGACCCUGGGAAACGCAUCACUCUGGAAGCCAUGUCAGGCCUGUCCAAGGUGCUCCUCUACCUGGACAAGAAGAACGUCCACCUGCUGGUCGUCUACAUCUUCAUGAAGAUCAAACCCUUCCUGGAGAGU